ACCGGUCACAACUUUAGUCACACGUGGUCACACCCGCGUCACAACUAGAAGCAGUCACACUUUAGGGCGCAACCCUACACUCCGCCUCCGCCCUCCACCGCUCACCGCUCACCGCCGCAUCACCGCCUGCUCGUCCACGUCCAUCCAACCCACCGCCAUCACCAACAACCCUCCGUCAACACUCAUCCCCCACAGACAUCACAAUGGAGAACGAUAAGGGAGUCCUCGUCGAGCUGUACGUCCCCCGCAAGUGCUCGGCCACCAACCGCAUCAUCAAGGCCACCGACCACGCCUCGGUCCAGCUCAACGUCGCCGACGUCGACGAGUCCGGACUCGUCAUCCCCGGCCAGUACACCACCUACGCUCUCUCCGGUUUCCUGCGAUCCCGCGGUGAGGCCGACGACUCGCUCAACCGUCUUGCCCAGCGUGACGGUCUCCUCAAGAACGUCUGGUCCGCUCAGCGAUAAAUCACUCGUUUCUUUUGCCGUACGUCGAUUUGGGAGUGUUCAUUUAGAAAAAUCACGAAAGAAAAAGAUCAAAGGGCAAAAAAAAAGGAUAUAUAAUAUGAACCAAUAAAAUAUAUAUUCAAUGGUCUAUCGCAUCCCCAUCCGAUUCUCUAUCUCUCUUUUGUCUUUCUUCUUUUCUGUUUUGGUUCUAAACAGUGCGCUUUGAGAUUAAAGAGAGAGAAAAGUUAUUUGU